ACUGCAGGCAGGGCCGGGCCAGACAUGGCGGAAGAGGAGGUGGCCAAGUUGGAGAAGCACUUGAUGCUUCUCCGGCAAGAGUAUGUCAAGCUACAAAAGAAACUGGCAGAGACAGAGAAGAAGUGCACCCUUUUGGCCGCACAAGCAAACAGGGAGAAUAGCGGCGAGUCCUUCAUCAGCCGCCUGCUGACGAUCGUGGCGGACCUCUACGAGCAGGAGCAGUACAGUGAUCUGAAGAUAAAAGUCGGAGGCAGGCACGUCCGUGCUCACAAGUUUGUCCUGGCAGCCCGCAGUGACAGCUGGAGUCUGGCCAACCUGUCUUCCAUAGAGGAACUGGACCUGUCAGAUGCCAACCCUGAGGUGACAAUGACAAUGCUUCGCUGGAUCUAUACGGAUGAGCUGGAGUUCAGAGAAGACGAUGUGUUCCUGACUGAGUUGAUGAAAUUAGCGAAUCGGUUCCAGCUACAGCUCCUUAGGGAGAGAUGUGAGAAGGGUGUGAUGUCUCUGGUGAAUGUCAGGAACUGUAUUCGCUUCUAUCAGACUGCGGAGGAACUAAAUGCCAGCACCCUGAUGAACUACUGUGCAGAAAUUAUUGCAAGUCAUUGGGAUGAUUUACGAAAGGAAGAUUUCAGUAGCAUGAGUGCUCAGCUGUUAUACAAAAUGAUCAAAUCCAAGACAGAGUACCCGUUACAUAAAGCUAUCAAAGUGGAGAGAGAAGAUGUGGUCUUCCUUUAUCUGAUUGAAAUGGAUUCACAGCUCCCGGGGAAGCUGAAUGAAGCGGAUCAUAACGGAGAUCUUGCAUUAGACCUAGCCCUGUCACGACGACUAGAGAGUAUCGCCGCCACGCUGGUUAGUCACAGAGCCGACGUGGACAUGGUAGACAAGAACGGCUGGAGCUUAUUACAUAAAGGAAUCCAAAGAGGAGACCUCUUUGCCGCCACUUUCCUCAUUAAGAAUGGAGCCCUGGUCAACGCUGCAACGCUGGGUGCCCAGGAGACACCUCUGCACCUCGUGGCGUUGUACAGUUCAAAGAAGCACUCGGCGGAUGUGAUGUCGGAGAUGGCGCAGAUUGCAGAGGCGCUCCUGCAGGCCGGCGCCAACCCCAACAUGCAGGACAGCAAGGGCAGGACUCCUUUACACUUGUCCAUCAUGGCCAGGAACGAAUAUGUGUUCAAUCAGCUGCUGCAGUGUAAACAGUUAGACUUAGAGCUGAAAGACCACGAGGGCAGUCCGGCUCUGUGGCUCGCAGUGCAGUACAUCACCGUGUCUUCCGACCAGUCCGUCAACCCCUUUGAGGAACUCCCUGUGGCCAACGGGACGUCAUUUGAUGAGAACAGCUUUGCGGCCAGACUCAUCCAGCGGGGCAGCAACACCGACGCACCGGAUACGGUGUCAGGGAAUUGUUUACUGCAGCGGGCAGCUGGAGCAGGAAAUGAGGCAGCUGCUCUUUUCCUGGCAACCAAUGGCGCCCAUGUCAACCACAGAAACAAGUGGGGAGAAACCCCGUUGCACACAGCUUGCCGGCAUGGUUUGGCCAACCUCACUGCAGAGCUCCUGCAGCAAGGUGCCAACCCAAACCUGCAGACAGAGGAGGCUCUGCCCUUCCCAAAGGAGGCCACCUCCCUGAGCAACCCAACGGACAACGUCUAUCUGCAGACGCCACUGCACAUGGCCAUCGCCUACAAUCAUCCAGAUGUGGUGUCCGUCAUCCUGGAGCAGAAAGCCAAUGCUCUUCAUGCCACCAACAACUUGCAAAUUAUUCCGGACUUCAGUCUCAAGGAUUCCCGAGACCAGACUGUGCUGGGCCUGGCCUUGUGGACUGGCAUGCACACGAUCGCAGCCCAGCUGCUGGGCUCCGGGGCCUCCAUCAACGACACCAUGUCCGACGGGCAGACCUUGCUGCACAUGGCCAUCCAGCGGCAGGACAGCAAGAGCGCUCUCUUUCUCUUAGAACACCAGGCAGAUAUCAACGUCAGGACUCAGGAUGGAGAGACGGCCCUUCAGCUGGCCAUCAGAAAUCAGCUUCCACUGGUGGUCGAUGCCAUCUGCACCCGCGGGGCGGACAUGUCUGUGCCAGAUGAGAAGGGGAACCCCCCGCUGUGGCUGGCUUUGGCCAAUAACCUGGAGGACAUUGCAUCCACUCUGGUCAGACAUGGUUGCGAUGCCACGUGCUGGGGUCCAGGACCUAGCGGAUGCCUUCAGACACUCCUUCACAGAGCUAUCGAUGAAAACAACGAGUCCACUGCCUGCUUUCUGAUUCGCAGUGGCUGUGACGUGAACAGUCCCAGACAGCCGGGUGCUAACGGCGAAGGAGAGGAGGAGGCCAGAGACGGGCAGACGCCCUUGCAUUUGGCGGCCUCCUGGGGGCUGGAGGAGACGGCUCAGUGUCUCCUGGAGUUUGGUGCCAACGUGAAUGCACAGGAUGCAGAAGGAAGAACGCCUGUCCACGUAGCCAUCAGCAACCAACAUGGCGUCAUCAUUCAGCUGUUGAUCUCCCACCCCGAUAUCCACCUGAAUGUUCGCGACAGACAAGGGCUGACCCCGUUUGCUUGUGCCAUGACCUACAAGAACAACAAGGCAGCUGAGUCCAUUCUCAAACGAGAGGCCGGGGCCGCUGAGCAGGUGGAUAACAAGGGCCGGAAUUUUCUUCAUGUGGCAGUUCAGAACUCUGAUAUUGAAAGUGUCCUGUUCUUGAUCAGCGUUCAAGCUAACGUGAAUUCCAGAGUCCAGGAUGCUUCCAAGUUGACCCCUUUGCACCUUGCCGUCCAGGCGGGCUCAGAGAUUAUUGUCCGUAAUUUGCUUCUUGCAGGAGCUAAAGUGAAUGAAUUAACCAAGCACCGCCAGACCGCCCUCCAUCUCGCUGCCCAGCAGGACCUGCCUACCAUCUGCUCAGUCCUCCUGGAGAAUGGAGUGGACUACGGUGCUGUGGAUGAGAACGGAAAUAACGCUCUGCAUCUCGCUGUCAUGCACGGCCGGCUCAACAACAUCCGCGUUCUCCUGACGGAGUGCACCGUGGACGCCGAAGCCUUUAAUUUGAGAGGCCAGUCGCCCCUGCACAUUCUCGGACAGUAUGGCAAAGAGAACGCGGCAGCCAUCUUUGAUCUCUUCCUGGAGUGCAUGCCUGAGUACCCUCUGGACAAACCAGACGCAGAAGGAAACACGGUGCUCCUCUUAGCUUACAUGAAAGGGAAUGCCAACUUGUGCCGUGCCAUCGUCCGAUCGGGAGCUCGUCUCGGCGUGAAUAACAACCAGGGAGUGAACAUUUUCAACUACCAGGUCGCCACCAAGCAACUUCUGUUUAGACUGUUAGAUAUGCUGUCCAAGGAGCCCCCGUGGUGCGACGGCUCCAACUGCUACGAGUGCACUGCCAAGUUCGGGGUCACAACUCGCAAGCAUCACUGCCGCCACUGCGGACGUCUUCUCUGCCACAAAUGCUCGACCAAGGAGAUCCCUAUUAUAAAGUUUGACCUGAGCAAUCCUGUGCGAGUUUGCAACAUUUGCUUCGAUGUACUGACUCUGGGCGGAGUCUCUUAGUGAGCCCCCAGGAGAGUCUAGGAAUGUCCCUGGUCCCCUCCCCAGCAGCUGCUCUGCUCACCAGCCUGGCCCAACCCAGAGCAGGAGCUGGCGGUCGUCUUCCUGCAGCAAUAGCCUGCAGCAGUUAAGGACCACGGUGUGAGAGCCCACCUCACACGCUUGUGUGCUUGUCGGUGUGUCAGACUGUGAUUGGUUUCUAGAUGUCUCACUAAUCGGACCAGGCCUUUUAGCCUGAAUGGUAAAUGUGAUAGGAAUUAGACCCCAUUCUGCUAGCAACAUACAAGGACACGUUGAAAACCAUUUUCCCUUUCAGUAGCUUAGUGUCCAUCUCAGAGCGUUCACGACGUCUUCCUGCCAGGCUGAUGUAGAAGGCAGAGCCUAACAGAGCAGGUGGCUGGCUGCUUAACGAGAGCCGGCCUUACUCUAGGGUAAGUGGCUGCGGACUUUUCUGCAGUGUUUUCAUAAAGAUAAUAGGAUCCUCUUGCCCUGAAGUUUAUUUGGUUGUGGUUUUUUUUUUUAGAGCGAAGCUGUAUUUUUAGUGAGCUAUAUACCCUUUUAAAAAGGUGAAAUAUUUCUAAACAGGGUUCAAAGAUGAGAGCUGAACAAUUGUGGCCUUAACAACUGAAAGCUUUACCAGUGUCCCUGCUACCGAGAUGUCAGGAGUGCAGGAUGGCAGCUUGACACCUCCUAGCAGCCGUCUCGUUCUCUCGUCUUGCUGCGUCCUGUCUGUGGAGUCCUCAGUCACUCAGCCACUGGAGUGGUAGAGGAAAUGCACUUUUAUUGUGCUGCACUUUUAUAUAGCUGCGUCGUUGGUGAUUCCAGUUUAGACAUCCAUAUUCAGAAAUGCCCUUCCACAUCCUUGCAUCAGUGAUUCCAGUGAUCAGCUUUGACUGGACCUCAGCUCACACUAAUCUUAAAGGAAAAGCUCCUUCAGGGUGUCAGGAGCAAGGGAGUCAGACAGGCCAAGUGAUAGAAGGGGAAUUGAUGACGCUUCAGCCCAGGGGCAUUUCCAGCCUCUGGCUGGCCGGUCCCAUUUCCUUGACACACUUGACUUGAAUGCUUCUUGCUGAAACCUUCCCUGGGCAUGCUGUGAGCGCGGCUGGCCCCGGUUCUGUGCAGCUCGCCCUGCCCCAUGGGGGCCAGCAGCCAAAGGCCCUGGCCAGCCUCAAGCAGCUGUUUUGGAAGACUGUGGCUGUGUGCCGAAUGAGGCCGCCAGAACUUCUCGCUGCUAGUACAUAUAUUAACCCUGAGGUGUGAAGCUUCUUUUCUUUUGAAGGUUUGGCCAGUUGGUUUUUUUUUUAUUUUUUUUUUUAUUUUUUAUGCACAUUUAAUUAAAAAAUUCCACCACUGCUUUUAAAAAAAACACAAAAACUCUGAGAUGAACAAUAUAUGUUACACAAUUAUACUCAGAGAUUAACAGUCUCAACCGAACAUACUGAUUUUUUUCAGACACGUAAUAACCACUACAUUUUUUUGCAUUAACGAAGUAUGAACAUAUGUGUAAAAGGGACUAAAUAUAUUUUUUUUGCAACAGACUGUUCUUUUUUUAUUUGUUUCUUUUUUGGAUAGUGGUAUGUCCUCUAUGUUGCUGUAGAUUUAUACUUUCUUUUGCCUAAAUGUGUGUAAAAUGAGCUGAUAAACCAGAGUGCUACUUUUUUUUUUAAUAUUUCUGUGAUUUAUAAGAUAUAUAUGCUUUCUAUGUUAAUAUGAGCUUGUGCACAAUGUUUAAAAGAAAAUUAAUUAGAAGAAUCUCCCCGUCCCUGAGUCUAUGACAUAUCUCAUAUAGAAUUUUUAUGGAAAAAUUGAGGCAUGUGGUCAGUUUCUAUUUUCUGUCGCCCAAAAAGGGCCACAAGGAAGUAGGGCUUAGUUAGGUAGCUUGAGUCUUUAGUUAGGAAGUAAGAUGAUCAUGGUUCAGAUAGGAGUUGAGGUGGUCAGGAUACACGUGCUGUUCUGCUGGUGUGGAGAGGGGAAGACGGCGAUUUAGUCGGGGACGUGGCUGCUUGUUCCGCCCUUGCCCUGCCGUACAGAUUUCAGUCACAAUCUUGCCCAUAAUUGCACUUAAAAGUUUAAGAUCAUGUUUAAAAUGUGUUGGUUGACACUUCUGUGUUUUCACAGAGCCCAGGGACAGUAAUGGUACUGACCAGCUGUGGACUGGGGCUUCAGUUUGAGUUCCACACUGGCCUCAGUGCAUUCACGUGGCUGGAGAAAGUAACGUGGCACAGUCUCGGAAGUCUCCCUGACCACGCUGGUGCUCCCUGGGCUGGCUGCGCUCGGUCCGUGGGUGGUGGCGCUCCCUGGCCAGGAGCCCCUCUGCGUUCUCUAAGCUGUCAGGACUUGCCUGCAAAACUGCCUAGCUGUCCUUGUUCGAUUUUAAUCAGUAGCUUAAGUACUAAUAACAAAGGCGUAAUUUUAUUCAUUCAGAAAGUUGCCAACUGCGAAUGAGUAGAGCAGGAAGAAUAAACUUUACUGAAAGAUAAUUUGUGCAUCAGUCCACACUGUUGUGCCGAAUUAGCUUUUAACUGCCUCUUGGUCACGACCAGAUUUCUGAUACAGCGUAUUCUUAACAGUCAUUUUUUUAAGAGGAAGGUACAAACUACGUGCUAUAUAUAAUUCAGAUGGCUUAAACUAAUUUGCUAUGAUCCUCUAACAGAAACUUCCCACAAACGUAAGUGCCUACACUUAGGACUUCGGAAUUUUCAGUUAUCUUUUUAGUGCUGUCUCACCGAAUGAUGUGUUAGAAUGUGUUCCAUUUGGAGUUCUGUGCCUGUACACCGUCCACCCCGUCCACCCCGUCCACCGGCUUAGUUGAGACUGCUCAGUUCACUUGCCACAUUCUCUCCAAGGAGUGGGGUCCAUGUGACCUUUAGUCCUCUACCUCAGAGCCCUGAGUCAUUUCUGACCCCGUUCAGCUUCCUCACCGCUCUCCCUGAAUGGGGCCGUGGAGCUCAGUGGCCCCGCCUGUGGUACCGCCCAUUACUGCACUAAUCUCGUCCAAGUCCAAGGCGCGGAGCGGAGUGGAGGGACAGUCUGGGGAGGGAGAGAGCCUUGACUUCCAGCUAGGUUUUUUUAAUCCGGAGAGAAAGACACUUCUGAACGAUGUGAUGCUCAGACCCAAAAGGCAAACCAACGCUGCAGGUGACAGUGGCACCAACAAGUAAAUGUAAUGUUUCUAUGGCAGACGUGCUUUCGUCCCUCAGGACAAGCCCCAGGAGAACUACCUGAUGCGCCCAAGCUCCCGGUUCCCAGCAGGGAGAGCAGGAAGCAAAUGGGAAGCGACCUGCCAAAGGGAUCUGGAAGCCGCGUUCUCACUUUGUGGAAGUAACUGAGUGAAGAGCUCAUCGGUGACAAGAUGCAGACUACACACGCAAAUUCCCAGGAGUUAUAGAUGCCUUAAAGACUAUCGGGAAGAUCAUUGCCUGUACGGUUCUUUUUGUGUGUGGCAUAAAUACUAACUUCCUGUAACUGCCAGUGUGGGUUUCCUGUAGCUGGGGAGUUUUGAGGCGAGCCUGCUUGACUUAGUGACUUGCCCCUUGCGGCAGAUGUGCGGAGGAGGCUGUUACCUUGAUGUCCCUUUGUGAUGUAGGGGAGGGCAGCAGCUGUGCAGAAGCUGCAGGCACACAUUCGAGUGGAUGACCUUGGCUUCCAGACCGUUCGGGGAGCUCAGUGUGGGAGGAGGGCAUCAUACCGGACCAUGGCGCUUAUCAGCAUUGUUUCGUUGGAGUCCAUGUAAUGGAAUGUAUUUUUCAAAUACUGAUAUUUGCAUUUUCUGUAACAAUUCCUUAUAAUAAAAUGAGGUAAAAUAGUGCACAGUGGGAACUUCAAUGUGUAGUUACUUCUCAUGCAGAAGUACCAAUAAGCAUUAAAAACAAAUUUCAAAACA